AUGGCCUUUCAUCCUACGCGCUCGUUCUUAUGUUUUUUCAUCACACUCGCUUUAACAACCCUUACGACUGUCGCUCAGCCUAUUUCUAUUCCUUACUCAGCACCACGGUAUCUUGUUUCUUUCAACCGCACAAAAUCGAGCUCAUUAGAAAAGUUCCAAGCGCACCUCAACGACUUAGGCGUCCAGUAUAAAAUUUUAUUAGACUUGACAAAUCAAGUACCGGAGGUUUAUUACGGUGUUUCAGUUCAACUCUCAAAUGAGAGUGAUUUGGAACACUUGGAAAGUUUUGCCCAUGUGGAGCGAAUCAGUCGAGUUGAGAAACUCUCGCAGGCUGGUGCAUUCCAGAAAAGCCUUAUGUUAAAUCAACCCAUCAAUUCGACCUCUUCAGAAUAUCCCCCUCACGUCCAGACUCGGAUCUCCGAACUUCAUAAGAUGGGUGUUUAUGGACAAGGGAUCAGGGUCGCCUUGAUUGACUAUGGUGUUGAUUGUAGUCAUCCGGCAAUGGGAAAUGGCUUCGGACCAGGAUUCAAGAUCGGUUUUGGAAGAAGUUUUGUUGACAACCAUGGUGAUAAAAAAAGUGCUGUCAAGGAAGCUGUCAAUGUGAAUUCUCAGAAGAAACAUUUCCAGAACCCUUGUACCCAGUGUCAAUCUCAUGGAACACACGUCGCUGGAAUCGUCGCGGCGUCAGAUGCUGGCUAUGGAUUUACUGGAGUUGCUCCUAAUGUUACCCUUGGCAUGUAUCUUGUUGGAUGCGGAGUAGAAGAAUCCACCAGUGAUGAUCUCUUGUUAGCCGGUUUUUUACAAGCUUACAAAGAUGGGGCGGACAUAAUUUCAGUAUCUGUUGGUAAAAUCGGUGGCUGGGGGGAUAGUGGCGAAGUACUAACAGCAGUCAACAAGUUGGUUCAAGAGAAGGGAGCAAUCAUAAUUGCCGCGGCCGGAAAUUCGGGCGAGGAGGGGUUGUUCUUUGCGGACUAUCCAGCAUCAGCGAAGAAUGUCAUUUCGGUUGGUUCCGUGGAGGCACAGUCCCAAGUCGUGGGUAAAUUCAAAGCCUCGACUGGUAAGGAGCUCACGAUGUACCGCACAAACACUUUGAACCUCCCCGGCGAGUAUCCGAUCUACCUUACAGCCAAUUCAACCAGCGACCCAAGUGAUGCUUGUGAUGAACUACCAAAGCACACUCCAAAUCUCACUAGUUAUGCCGUCCUUGUCAAGAGAGGGACCUGUUUAUUUGUUGACAAAGUGAGAAACGUCGCCACAAAAGGUGGCAAACAAAUCUUAUUGUACAUGAAUUCGACAUCUUUUGUGCCGGUGCCCGAUCAAUUCGACGAAUUUAAUGUCUCUAUCGCCCCAAUCUCGUUGGAAGAUGGAAAAUAUAUUUUUAAUCAGGCUAAGAAGGAUCCAACUGGAUUCAAAGUCUCAUUUCCGCCGAGCAAUCACCUAUAUGGUAUUGACUUGCUCUCAUUAGUGCACGACCCACACGGAGGCUUACCAAGCGCUUAUUCUACAUAUGGGCCUAGCUUUGAUUUUGAGAGUCCCCAGCCGGCGAUAGCUGCCGUUGGUGGUAACGUGGUUUCAACCUUUUCCAUGACAGAGGGUGGCUAUGCCACGAUGAGCGGGACAUCUAUGGCAGCCCCACAGAUCGCUGGGAUAGCCGCAUUGAUAUUGAGCGCCAGAGGUAAAAACUUCACUGGAAUAUCAAUGCGCUCACGAUUGGCAGCUGCCGGCAAGCUUUUGGAUAGUCCCAUUGUCGCCAAGCGUCUUGACACUGUUGUUCAUCAAGGCGGGGGACUGAUCGACGCCUACUGCGCUGUUUGGACAAACACUACCAUCUCGACUGCAAGCCUGGUACUCAAUGAUUCAGUCUCCUUCCGAGGAAAUCAAGAAUUCACAAUUUUCAAUGAAGGCGCCAGCACUGUUGAUUACGUUCUGGACCAUCGUCCAGCUCUAACGAUGCAGACAUUUUCAAAAGAUAGCAAGUAUGGUCGACCAGAUGAACAACCCCAAUGGUUGAAUAAGUCAGCAACUGUUCACAUCAGGCCCAAGAAAUUCAGACUGAAGCCAGGCUCAUCCCAAGUGGUCAAAGUGAAGUUCUCACCACCCCAGAAAGUGAAUCCCCGUUGGCUCGCUGUUUAUUCUGGCUACAUCGCGAUGAGUGCCAAUCUUGAGUGUGAAAGUCAUAACCUCCCUUAUUAUGGUGUGGCCGGAUCGCUUAAAGAACAGUCAAUUAUUGACCGAGGUCCAGACGAAAACGGAACGGUAAUUUACCCUUAUCUUUCGUUUACCAGAUCGACGCGGAAAUCAGCAAACCUGCCGUCUGAGGAAACUCCUUCCCCGUUGAACAAGACGUUCAUCUGGAAUUUGAAGAAAAACAACUCAACUGACCUGAACUAUAGAACCCUUUUUGGCUCUCCUCUUAUUCGUGCUGACAUUUUGCCUGGAAAUGCAGUCUUGUCGAAUCCGACGAGCAACCAUGACUUUGAGAAAUCAUUCAGGGGGUCGCGAUUAAUUGGCCUGGCCGCAGUUAUAAACGAGGAUAAAUCGGCUCGACGUACCGAGGCUCUCUGCGUUACCGGCGAGGAGAAAAUCAAGAAGGACUGGGAAUAUUGGGUUUCCCCAGAGUUCAAGUUACGGCACUAG